AUGGAUGCACGAACAUCGGAAUCCAGUAACGACAAUGUCGUUCCAUGCGGAGUCGAUUGGAGCGAUCGUGCUCAUCCUUCAUCUUACUGCUGGUUUCCUCUUACAUCCAAUGAUUCAUCGACUGCUCCGUCAUGUGCAUACGGUUCAUGUGCAAAGUGGAAGCAAACAGGUCAAUCAGCACUUCUACAAUGUCAAUCAUGUAAUUUGAUAAUGUAUGCACAUCAUUUGACUAAUUCAUCAACGUCAAAUAAUGAUUCUAUUCAAUCGUGUCGUCCAUCAUUUGUCGAUAAUACAGAACAAGGAAACUCGCUGACGAAUAACAAAGAUAGUCCAUUGAAAUUCGAUCAACAUUUUUGGUCUCAUGUAUCAACACUUCCAAAGCCAUGA